UGCUAUUGGUCCUGGAAAAAAGACCAUGCCCAAGUGCUGCGUUAGCUUUGACUGGAUAGUGUGAAUGAUCACUAGAAACUCGUGUUCACACCGCAUGUGGCGCAACGGAGAGAGGAGGCGUAAACAGCAGAGAAUCUCGUAGCUAGGUAAGAUAUGGAGAUGAGCAGCAGCAGUGAGUGCUUUCGGUGUGGCCGUCCUGGGCAUUGGAUCAAGAACUGUCCUGAAGCUGGGAGUGGGGGGCGUGGCCGCGGCAGGGGCAGAGGAAGAGGAAAGGAUCUGUUCUGCUAUCGCUGUGGAGAGCAAGGUCACAUUGCCAGGGACUGUGAACAGACUGAGGAUGCCUGCUACAACUGCCACAGGAGUGGCCAUAUUUCCCGGGACUGCAAGGAGCCCAAAAAGGAGAGGGAGCAGUGCUGCUACAGCUGUGGCAAGGCUGGCCACGUGGCCCGUGACUGUGACCAUGCCAACGAGCAGAAGUGCUAUUCCUGCGGUGGCUUUGGUCACAUCCAGAAACUCUGCGAUAAAGUCAAAUGUUACAGGUGUGGCGAGAUUGGCCAUGUUGCUGUGCAGUGCAGCAAAGCCAGUGAGGUGAACUGCUACAAAUGCGGCAACACCGGCCACCUGGCGAAAGAGUGCACCAUCGAAGCCACCGCAUAAUCAGUGCCCUUUGUUGCCCCUCCUAUUUUUUUCUGAUUGAUGGUUGGUUGUAUUAUUUUUCUCUGAAUCCUCUUCACUGGCCAAAGGUUGGCUGACAGAGGCUAGUCCCGGGCCAGUGAGCCUCUCAACAUGUAAUAUGAAGAAAGGGGUGGGAAAAAAAUCUUUCUGCAUUCAAUACAAAAAAUGUUUGUUUAGUUUGGUAGCGGUGUUAUGUAUAAUGCUUUGUUAAAGAAUCCCCCUUUCCAAGCCACUGGUGAACAGAGAUGAAUGAAUGGGACUAAAUAUAUGGGAUAGAGAGGACCUCUGGGCUUGUGGAAAGCGAGUCUCAGUAAGAAGGGAGUAAAAAGAAACCUGAACUUCCAUGUAUGGUUAUUUUUGGUUUGUUUUAGUGGGAUAACAUGAGUUGGCCAAGAGUAUGACAUGGGAAACAGUUCACAACAUAUGAGCUGUUUGCAUCUGGGCCCAACAAGCAGCUAAGUGCCGGGCGAUAACAAAACUGCAUGUUAUAUCGAUAAAUGCCAUUACAUUUUGGAAGAAUUUAAAGAAUCUUCUGUUCUUUUAUAAAAAGAAAUCUGUUUACAAUUUAAAGGAGUAUCAGUAAAUAGACCAGGGUAGGUGUUUCCCCCAAAAAUUAUUUUGGAAACUUUUACCUUGGAGGAACAAUUAGCAACAAACAGUUGUCAGAUCAUCAGAAUUAAGCAGUUAUUUCGGAAUGGAGAAUGUUUUCACAGAAAUCAAAUGUUAUUUUUGUACAAUAUCACUUAGACUACUGUAAAAAAAAAAUCAAAUUUGCUUGUACUCAGUUUUUAAGUCGGAAGGAAAACGCAUCUGAAGUCGUAGAACAUAGAAAUGUAAUUUUAAACUAUCAAUAAAGCAGGAGGAGCACGGGGAGGAA